AUGAAAUUAUGUUUAGUAUCGACUCUGUUGAUAGUAGCAAUUGCUUGCUACGCGUCAGCUCGAUCACAACGAUAUGCUCACAGAUGGCAAAGAAGCCCCGGUGGUCAUGGCUCAGGAGCACAUAAUGGAGGCAGAUGGCAAAAAAUGUUGGACAAUCUCGAAUCCUGCCUUGCAAACAGCACAACAACAGGUAAUACGUUAUACAAUGCAAUUCAACAAUCUCUCACUGACGCGGCAAACAACGGCUCUUAUGCAUCCGUUUUUGCAUCUUGGUCAAACACAUUAGCAUAUCUUCGAAAUUCAGCCAAUGAACAAGCCUUCUUGAAUAAUAUAACCGCCUUUUUUCAGAAUUUAAAACCAGUAGUUGAUCAAGAUCGGCAAAUGAUCGAAGCACAAAACCUAACACGUGAAGCGCGGGUUGCUCUAUGGAAGCUUACUGGACAGUUAAAACAAGGAAUUAAACAAAUUUUUAAAGACAACUGUGCUGCCUGGUUCACAAGGAAUACGAAUGGCAGUAGCGAAGACGCAGAUGAAAAUAAUAAUCAGCAUUGGGGAUCACAAGGUGGAAAUCGUCCAAGACCAGGUGGACGAAGACCAUAA